GGGAAGGCUCCAGUGAUCGAAGCAGAAACCGACCCUCUGAGGUACAUCCUGAUGGGGAUAGUGGCCGGCCUCGUCGUGGUGCUGACUGUCCUCACCACUUCCCUGAUGUGCACUCGCAGAAACUACAGGAGGAAGCUGAAGGCAGCUAAAGCCAUGAACUCUGCCUCCAUGGUGACCUCCAACAACCAAAAAAGUGGUGCUGUGGUGCCCGGGACCAACAAGUACACUAUGGAGGGGGCUAAUCCCGUCCUCAACCUCAUCUACGAUACCACCAUGGCGCUGGACAUGGACGAGGACAGCUCAGAUGUGGACAAAGUCAGCGUCAACUCUUUGGACGACAGAUAUUCCAUGAACGAAGCAUCUAACAUGAAGAGCAUCCAGGAGGAGGAAGAGGAGGAGGGGGAUGAUGGCGGGCCACCGAAGUACAUCGAGCCUCUGGGUGCUGCGCUGGCCCAGCGGGGCCAGAAGAAAGCCUCCGACAAACCUCACGUGGGUUUCAUUAACCCCGCGUUCAGCACGACGGACCUGUGAGGGAAACAA